AUGUCCGAAGCCGCUCCGCCCACCGAUGCCCGNCGGCCUGCGUUCAAUCCCAGCGCAAAGCGCAAGAGAAGCCCUUCGUUGGUCUCAUACCAAGGACAAAUCGCCCCACAGAACAAGGCGCCAAAGACGAACAACGUGAGCAGUCAGCUGCAGAUCAACUACAUUGCCCGACAAUGCAUCGACGACCUUCCCUUCAUCUCCAAGGAGGAUACCCUUCCUGGCAUGCUUGAGACCCUGUCAUCAUACACCCAAGUUCUGGAUCGUCAUGAGUCGCUGGCUAGCAACCUUGGUGCUCGUCCUCUCGGUCCAAUCCUGAUCAAGCGCUUUGAGCGCUGCUUCGAUGCGCCUCCACGAGUCAUCGCUUCGCACUCUCAUGCUAGGGAGUCAGACUUGCCUCAGGUGACUUGGCUGGACGUGGUGCACUUUGCGCAGGCACAUCCUUCACAGUUCACCCUGUCGACCUUCAGCGAAGGCCGUCGCGUGUGCCAGUUCUACUACCCCCAGAAGCAGGUGCGCGUACAGAUUUCCGAAGAGGACUUCUUGUUCAUCAACAGUGGAAGAUGUCAGGACCUGAUUCCACCCCUUCCUAUCUGGGAGGAUGAAGAGAAAGAGGUGGCCACAUGUGAGCUUGUCGAGAAAGCUUUGAGAGAUCUCACUGCCGCUGCCGAUUCGGUCGCUGCUCGUACCCGUCAGCUGGCCCAUCGCCUUAAGGGGAGAAGGAUGGCCAUUCUCGAACGCAGAUCUACCGAAGAGUCGCACAACAAUCAAGUCCAGCAGCAAGCCGUACCCCCUUCCUUCGUCUCAGUCAACAACACCAACCAACAACCAGUUGCCCAGCAGCCUCAACACCAACCUCCACAGUCUCCAGAAAAGGUCGAUCCCGCUCUGCAUAUCCGUAACGACCUUCUCAAGCACUUCCAAUCUCUCCCUAAACAGGUACAUCAACAACCCGACAACCGCCGCAUCUCGUCGAUCCAGCAACAUCCCCAAUCACCACCUUUCCAAACACCGCAAAACUUCAACCAGCACCCUCGACCAGCCCUCGAAUCCACCUCUACCUCAGUCUCUCCCGUUCCCACCAAUGUCGCCGCCAUAGCAGCCGCCGCCGCUGCCCAAGCCUCGCACUACGUUCGUGAUGAAUCACCACAAUCGCAACCCCGCCAUAACUUCUCGAAACCUCUGCCACCAUCGCAAGAAGUGUCGCAACCCUAUCGCACAAUUUGUCAAUCUCACAUGGAGAGUCUACCACGCGGUUCUCGCGUCAUGCCCCCAUGCGACCGCUGCAGACGUCUGAAGAUGGAUUGUCUGAAGAAUUUGUCCUCAUGCGGUGGAUGCACGAAAAAGCAUGCAAGGUGUCACUGGAAAGAGGUUUCACGUGAGGAAGUACAAGGACUGGACGGCUUUGAAGAGGCAGAAAGACUAGCCAACGAAUAUGCAAACGGCACCAGGAGAUUUAGUGCCGAAUACGCCGCCAGCGAUACCAGCAUGGAUGUGGACUCUAGAAGUCCUUUCGACUACCCUAGCCACACUGCAGCAUCUACACCAGGUGGAUUGGGUGUCCAAGGCUUCUCGCGCCCACAAGCAGCAGGAUACCCAGAAGUGCAGCAGCAAAACUCGUAUCCGCCACCACAAGCCCCCCAACAGCAGCAAGGCUACGAAGACCCCAACAACAACACCUACCGCGCACCAGCACCAAGACCGUUCCCAGAAGACUUGACGCAGCAACAGCAACAAACCCAGCAACAGCAAGACCGUACAAUGGACCUGCUCCGCGUGCUCGGAAACCACAACAACGGCAUUACUUCCCCUGUCCCUGCCAACUCCACUCCAGUCGCCGAACCCAACAAUCAAAACAGAAACAACGGCGCGUUUAGAUCUUCAUUCACGCCUGCUAAUGAAACUCCUGCUGCUGUGGGAAAUGCGACUAAUGGACAGGGUAGUGCUUUGACAGCUGAAGUGUCCAAUGGAGCUGGUGAAGGCCAAAGAGUGUAG